UGCCCUCCGCAUCCCGCUGCCCUCGGCGUCCCCCUGCCCUCCGAAUACCGCUGCCCUCCGCACCUCUGCUGAUAUCCGCAUCUCUUUCCCCUCCGCAUCCCCCUGCCCUCCGCAUCCCCCUGCUCUCCGCAUCCCACUGCCCUCCACAUCCCGCUGCCCUCCCCAUCCCCGCUACCUUCCAAUCCCUGCUGCUCUCCGCAUCCCCCUGCCCUCUGCAUCCCCUUCCCCUCCACACCCUCUUCUCCUCUGCACCCCGUUCCCCUCUGCACCCCUUUCCCCCUCCGCACCCACUGCCCCCCUGCAUCCCCCUGCCCUCUGCACCCCCUGGGUUGUCCCUGCUGGACUCUCCUGCCCCGGUGUCGGAACCCCCGAGAGCUGCUGGUGGGUGCGGUGUGAAGGGAGCCCUGCCAGGGCUCGAAGAAUUUGUGGUCCAGAGGGAAUUGUUGAUGGGACAGAGAAGUGGACGCCAAGAAAUAAGUAAGAGGCUAGAGCUGGCACUCAACGAGACCAUGAAGGCAGAAGCAGAUGUGCAAAAUAGUAAAGAGGAAGCUGAAGAGCCGGAGGGAAAGAACCAGAGGAUAACAUUAGUCUUUGGUGUGGCAGACUUAAAAAAUGGAGCUGUUGGACUGUACAAUGUUGGACAGACCUGUUGUCUGAACUCUUUGCUCCAGGUGUUCCUUAUGAAUAUACAUUUCACUGGGAUACUUCGAAGGAUCACAGUGCCACCACUUGCUGUGGAGAAGAGGAGGAAUGUCCCAUACCAAAUGCUCCUCUUGCUGGAGAAGAUGCAGUGUGGCAAGCAGAAAGCCGUUUCUCCCAUAGCCUUCACUUACUGUCUUUCAGUACAUGGAGUGAAAUUGUUUGUGCAGUAUGAUGCCGCUCAGCUAUUUCUGACCCUCUGGAACUUGAUAAAGAAGCAGAUGAAAAAGCUAGAUCUGGUAGAAGAGCUGAGUUACUUGUACACUAUUGGUGUACAGGAGCACCUGGCCUGUCAGAAGUGCUCGUUUGAGACAAAGAGGAACAGCAGCAUGUUAACCCUUCCACUCCCACUGUUAGAUUCCAAUUCUCACAUGCUGAAGACUCUGGAGGACUGUCUGCAAUACUUUUUCCGACCAGAAGAGCUGACUGAUGAAAAUAUGUGUUUCUGUGGACAGUGCGGAAGGAAAACACCUUUUUUGCAGAGCAUGAAGCUAGUGCAUCUGCCACAGACUCUAACCAUACACCUGAAGCGUUUCUGCUUUGAAAAAUCAGCCUACAUUCACAAGCUUAGUCACUAUUUGCCAUUCCCACAAGACCUUGACUUCAACGCAAUCUUGACAGAAAAUCAGUGCGGAGCAGAUGGCAACGAAAAGGCUGGCUGGCAGUAUGAGCUUUUUGCUGUUGUUGCUCAUUCAGGAUCAACUAGUUUUGGACACUACUGUGCCUAUAUUCGAAGUCUCACAGAGUGUAAAUGGUAUUGCUUCAACGAUUCUGAGGUUUGCCAGGUAUCUUGGGAUGAUGUUAAAUGUACCUAUGGACAUUCCAGCCUCCACUGGGGAGAAACAGCCUAUCUCUUGAUAUACAUGAAAAAACGUCCUCAGUAGCCUUAUCCAGGAGUGUAUCAGAGUGUCUUGGGAAGCUGCACAUUGUUCAUGGAGCUGAGCGCGUCUGUUCCAGUGUGGACGUGUACAAAUGUUCCACAAGAAAGACAUUCUGCACUCAGUCAGUGACCUCUGCCUUCACAUUUAUUUAUGAAAAAAGUGCAGGAGAGACUCAGCUAAAGGAUCUGAGAACUGUUGCACAUGGAAACUCUUUCUUUCAUGUAUUUUUUGAUAUUUACGUGAUUCAAUAUAUUAAUUUCCUCUCAAAAGAUAGUAUAAUUAGUCCUUUUCUCUGCUGACUUACCAACUUCUUGAAUGCUGAUGCCUAGAUUCCAGUACAGGGAAGGUGUUUGGCCUGAAAGCCUGCAGGAUGUCCCAGAGGGGCACGUGGUAUGGCUGGAGACCUGUGACAGUCAUACCUAGCUAAUGAGACUAAGAACUUGAGACUUGCUCUGCCCUUUUAGCACUAUCUUAGAUGCUGGCUGGCUGGGCAAGGGACCCCAAAAAUCUUGAGAAACAGCUGGAACAAGGACCAGAACCCUUGUGACACAUGUGAUGUUUACUCCUUAAAACCUUCCUGAAAACGAAUCACUGCAGGGGUUGAGAUGUGUUUGAAGUUGGUGGCAGCAUGAAAAGACUUUUUUCAAUCAGGUGCUAUUGUAGUACUGAUUUACAAGAUGAAUUUAUAUGUUUUUAUACAGAUUAUUACUGGUUUAGCAUGAUAAUCGUGUAUUUAUAUUCAUUUUCUUCACUCAAUAGAAGAAAAUAGUCAGAGCAACAGAGAUUCUGAGGCUAGCUAGUGAUUUUGCACAAUGCAGUCCGUGCACUGAUAAGAGGAGAGGUGAGAGGCCUUAAUGUGCUUGAACUUUUGAGAUUUUUCUUUAGUACUCUUCAGCUCGUUGCCAGCUGGAAUUGUCUUGCUCUCUCCCUUCCUUCUCUGCCCAUGAAGUGGAAACGUCCUCAAGUGUAAUUUUUAAAUCUUCUGGUGAGUCCUAUCACUCUGCUGUUGGUUCAGCCUGUGCUCCCGCAGCCAGAUCAUAAUAUCGGGGGGAGAAUGUAGAGAGGGACAGAAAGAAAGGUUGGUAGAUCCAAUCAGGAAGAAUGACCAAACAGCUCAUCACAAGACUGAGCUGUGAGGAACGUUAAAACCUUUGGUUGUGAUGCUUUUAAAGCUCUCCUUAUAGUAAGUCUUGAUGUACCACAAUAACUGAAAGGAUCUAUGACUCCAGUGGUCUAGAUGACUACUAGACUCCACUAGUGCCUCUAGACUAGUGUAUUCCUUACCUGCAUCUUUAUAAGGAUACUAUUUUCAUGGGUCUGAACACAUUUUAAAGUUGCUGAUUUAUUUAUAAUAGCAGCUAUGUAGAACCCAAUGUUGUUUUGAUAAUGAUGAUGAUGUUCUCAAAUCAUGUCCAUUUUCUCUUAGUUAGGUGGGAAGGGAAUGGAGAAAUCUUGGAGCACAGCUGUGAAAUUACAAUUUUUUGAACUAGCAGGUGUUGUUUCACUGUGCUAGCAAGGUCCAUUAUUCUGUUCAACUGCUUUGUAUUCUUACUGUUCAUUCUGUGUUAAAAAAAAUCCCAGUGUAUUAUUGUCACCAGGAUGAGGAGUUUUCUGCCUGUUCCCCUUGGGAAUGCGUUACACUGUUUCUAAAGCAACUUCCAAUGAGUGAGUAAGAAAACCAAAUUCCUGUCUAUCCAGCACUUUGCAUAUGUGAAGUAGCUGGAAGAUAGUGCACUUGAAGAAACAUAGAAGUUAAUGAGUUAAGAGACCAACAAGACAUUUUUAAUUUGAUAUAACUUGACAUCUAAAAUCAAGCUGCGCUUACGAGAAAUGCCUCAAAAGUGUCAUAACCUUACAGGUAUAUCACACAUCAAGGAAGCAAUUUCUGAGAUAUAUUAAGAAUAAUUUUUGUCAGUAUCUCAAUGAAAAGUAGUUAAUGUUUUUUUUGAAUAAAAUAGUGUGCAAUAAAUUCCCUAGAAAAUUAGUCUUGUGGAUUAUU